AUGGAGUUGAUUUCUCUUCCUCUAGUUCUCUUGCUGAUUUCAAACAUCCACUCUGGACAAUCUGAAGCUUUACCCAGAGCUACAGUGAGAGUAACACCAGACAGAUCUGUGUUCACUGGAGAGACAGUCACUCUGAAGUGUGAGAUAGAGAAUCAGUACAGAUCAUUAAACUGGACAUAUCAAUGGUAUAAAAACAUAACUAAAGUGUUUAAUUCUGGGCGUUACACUGUAAACAGAGACUCUCUCACUAUCACUGGAGUUACUGAAUCUGAUCAGGAUGAGUACUGGUGUAGUGCAGAGAGAAAUGGACAACCUCCACUAUUAAGCUCAUCUGUUAAUCUUAGUGUGAGGGCUUUACCCAGAGUUACAGUGAGAGUAACACCAGACAGAUCUGUGUUCACUGGAGAGACAGUCACUCUGAAGUGUGAGAUAGAGAAUAAGUACAGAUCAUUAAACUGGACAUAUCUGUGGAUCAGCAGACGUACUUCAGUGUUAAACUCUGGGCGUUACACUAUAAACAGAGACUCUCUCACUAUCAAAGGAGUUACUGAAUCUGAUCAGGAUGAGUACUGGUGUAUAGGAGAGAUACACGGACGACCAAAUGCUUCACUAUCAAGCUCUGAUGUUUAUCUCACUGUGAAGGGAUCAAAACCAAAACCUAAACUCAGAUCAGGUAUUGAAGGAUCUGUACUGACGGGUAACACAGUGACUCUGAAGUGUCACAUUGAUCAGUCUACUGGAUGGUGGACGUUUUACUGGUACAAAUACACAAAAAACACUGAGAAGACUACACCAAAAACAAACUCUUACACAAUCAACAGUGUUAAAGUUUCAGAUGGAGGUCAGUACUGGUGUAGAGCUGGAAGAGGAAAAACAGACUAUUAUACAGACUACAGCGAUGGACUGUGGAUAAAUGUUACAGAGAGUCCUAAACCUGUAGUGAGUGUUGAUCCUGACAAACAGCUGUUCAGAGGAGAAACUGUUACUCUGAGAUGUGACAUACAGGAUACAGGAGACACUGAGUGGACAUACAGCUGGACUGUAAAGAAGACAAAUAACAGAAAUAUAAUCACACAAUGCAACAAACAAGAGUGUAAAAUUAACAACAUUCAAUACUAUCACAGUGAUAAAUACACCUGUAGAGGAAAGAUACGUAAACAAAACACUAAGAUGAGUGAUGCUGUUACACUGACUGUAUCAUCAGAUAAACGACCGACAGUUUUAAGUGUUUCUCCACAGCAGUGGUUGACUGAAGGAGAUUCAGUGACUCUGAUGUGUGAGGUUAUAAAUUCAUCUACAGGCUGGACAUUCAACUGGUUCACUGUACAGAGUCUUUACUCAGUGAAUAAAUAUGAUUAUGAGCUGGUGUCAAACAGCAGUGGAGGAUCUAAAGGCAUCUACACAGUGAGUUCAGUGACUGUGAAGCACACAGGAGUUUAUAUGUGCAGAGCAGAGAGAGGAGAUCCAGUCUAUCACACAGAGUACAGUAACACACAAACACUGUGGAUCACUGGUGUUUCUCCUUCAGUCUCUCUGAUCAUCAGACCCAACAGAUCUCAACACUUCUCAUCUGAAUCUCUCUCUCUGAGCUGUGAGGAUCACAGUAACUCUACUGGAUGGACAGUGAGAAGAUACACAGACAAACUGAAAAAUUGUUCAUCAGACUGGAGAUCUACAGGAACAACAUCUACAUGUACAAUCAGUUCUCUCUACACAUCUGAUACUGGAGUGUACUGGUGUCAGUCUGAAUCUGGAGAGAAACUUCAUCCUGUUAAUAUCUCAGUACACAAUCUUGAUGUGAUUCUGGACAGUCCUGUUUAUCCUGUGACUGAAGGAGAUACUCUGAUUCUACGCUGUUUAUAUCGAGAUAAAAAACCCUCUAACCUGAGAGCUAAAUUUUAUAAAGAUGGAUCAGUGGUGCAGAAUCAGACUACAAGAGACAUGAUGAUCAUCUCUACAGUCUCAAAGUCACAUGAGGGUUUCUACUACUGUAAACACCCAGAGAGAGGAGAGUCUCCAAAGAGCUGGAUCUCAGUCAGAGAUAAACCACAGACAGUUUUAAGUGUUUCUCCACAGCAGUGGUUGACUGAAGGAGAUUCAGUGACUCUGAUGUGUGAGGUUAUAAAUUCAUCUACAGGCUGGACAUUCAGCUGGUUCACUGUACAGAGUCUUUACUCAGAUGUUGAUUAUAAGCUGGUGUCAGUCAGCAGUGGAGGAUCUGAAGGCAUCUACACAGUGAGUUCAGUGACUGUGAAGCACACAGGAGUUUAUAUGUGCAGAGCAGAGAGAGGAGAUCCAGUCUAUCACACAGACAGUAACACACAAACACUGUGGAUCACUGGUGUUUCUCCUUCAGUCUCUCUGAUCAUCAGACCCAACAGAUCUCAACACUUCUCAUCUGAAUCUCUCUCUCUGAGCUGUGAGGAUCACAGUAACUCUACUGGAUGGACAGUGAGAAGAUACACAGACAAACUGAAACCUUGUUCAUCAUCAGACUGGAGAUCUACAGGAACAACAUCUACAUGUACAAUCAGAUCUCUCAAAUCAUCUGAUACUGGAGUGUACUGGUGUCAGUCUGAAUCUGGAGAGAAACUUCAUCCUGUUAAUAUCUCAGUACACAAUGUUGAUGUGAUUCUGGACAGUCCUGUUCAUCCUGUGACUGAAGGAGAUCCUCUGACUCUACGCUGUUUAUAUCGAGAUAAAAACCCCUCUAACCUGAGAGCUGAAUUUUAUAAAGAUGGAUUAGUGGUGCAGAAUCAGACUACAGGAGACAUGAUGAUCAUCCCUACAGUCUCAAAGUCACAUGAGGGUUUCUACUACUGUAAACACCCAGAGAGAGGAGAGUCUCCAAAGAGCUGGAUCUCAGUCAGAGGUGUUUAUCAGGAGAUGUCUGGUCUCAAGAUUUUCACUUUUCUGCUGGCAGUUUGUCCAUAUCUGUUAGCCACAGUCGUGCUGGUUGUCAAAUGCUGUAGAUUGAGAGGUGAAACAUCUGUCUGA